ACAAAACAGGGCUUUUAUUUUGCCGGAAGCUCAGAUGUCUCGCCACAUCAAGGAUUGUUCGUCGCUUGUUGUCGCUGUGUCCAUGGAAAGUUUGUGUGUGUUUUUUUUCCUUCCUGAAAGUUUACGCAGGGCUGUUGUUGCGCGCAUCCAACAUGACAGAGAAAGUAACGGACGUCGCGGCUGGCAGUGAUUCCCUGCUGUGCUGGUUACUGCAAUGAAUGGUAACACUGUCCAGCAGACCACAAGCACUGCACCCUCCGUAGCACCUCCUUGUGGAUGGAGGGAGUUCUGCGAGUUGCAUGCCAGCACCACGGCCCGAGAACUUGCCCAGCACUACCGGUGCUUCGUCAGAGAGCGGCCGGUGCAGGAUGUGGUCCCUCCGGAAAGUUUCUCGAAGCAAUUCAGCACCCUCUUCCAGCACCACUUUAGCUGCGAGGUGGCUAAAGAUGCAGAACCUGCCCCAUGGCUACCGCCACCACCUCCCUUACUGCCCAUGACUGCCCGCUUACGCAUCACUUCCUUCUCGGGGGUGCUGGACUACCGGGAGACCGUACGUCCGGGAGUGACUCCACUAGUUGCCGUGUUGGCACCCAAACCAGAUGCCGCCGGCAUCCCUAGGGAACAGGAGCAGUUGCUGCGCUGCUCUCCUGCAGACACUACACACAGAACGCGGCAUCAUAGCCAGGAAGAUGAACACCCGGAGCGGAGGACCGGGUCUGAACGAUAUUCUCCCCCUUUGUUUCCCUUUCCUUCCCGUAGUGAAGUAACCCACUUUUCCGUCAGGAGCAUUCGAGAAAGCGUAUACCGACUCUUUAAAAAAUCCCCGCAACUUGACGAAUCCUCAAGUGGUUUCCCAAGGGAGGAUUCGAUCAAAGGUGCCGGACCCUCGUCGACUGUUGAAUGCACCUCUCAAACCCCACCUCAGACUGUGCAGGUACCCACUCAUCGCACCUCGCAGAAGGGUGCGCGGUGGGAACGAUGGAAUCCAUUGCGAACUGUGAGACAGAGGCAAGAGACAGGAAGUGUUUGUAAAGAGGGGCAGCUGAGGUACCUGGAGGUGGAUGACACUAUCUCAGACACGCCCCCGCAUUGGUUGCGCUGCCGCCUGCAGGUCAGGAGGAUCAACGAACAUACCACUAGUGAGAGGUACCAGCUGGAGCUCUAUGACCCACCUAAGGACUACAAAACGCCAAAGCUCACUGUACCCUGUUCGGACAUCCAAGAGAUUCGACGCUGUAAUCGCCUAGAGAUGCCAGACAAUAUGAACACAUUUGUCUUAAAGGUUACCGGUCAUCCGGGUAGUUUUUUAUUUGAGGCUGAUAAUGAGCAGCAGGUCAGCUCUUGGACCACAGAGCUCAGAGAAUGCAUCACCAGCAGGUCAGAUAGUGUGGAUGGAGAACCGUUUCCUGUUAGCGACUCGCUCAACGCAGCUCGCAGAGAGAGCACAGAGCCCAGCGGCCAGGGCUCUCUGGGUUUUGGACUCGCAGAGCACGCCUACGAUAAAACGGAUCACUUCCUGUCCUCUUACCCAUGGUUCCAUGGGCCCAUAUCACGUGUGCGGGCUGCCUACCUUGUACAGCAUGCCGGGGUCAGCGGUCAUGGGAACUUCCUAGUGAGACAGAGUGAGACACGGAGAGGAGACUACGUCCUCACGUUUAACUACCAGGGCAGAGCAAAGCAUUUGCGUCUAUCUUUAACUGAAUGGGGUCAGUGUCGUGUGCAGCACCUGCGUUUCCCAUCAGUCAUGGACAUGCUGAGUCACUUCCGCAACUGUCCGAUCCCGCUGGAGUGCGGCGCCGCGUGUGAAGUUAUGUUGGCCAGUUAUGUGCGGGUAAACCCCACUCACACAGGUCAGAGUUCGGCUCUUGGCUCUCCGUUAUUGGUGCCCUUCUCUCGCUGGAGCUCGGAGCCGAGUCUGGCUCACUGUAGUCCGGAUUCCUGCCCUCACUCCAGCCCCUCCACGACCCAGUCGUCAGCAUUAGCAGAGCUCCAGCACCACAUGCCCCUGUCGUUUCCAGAACGCCCCGUUCCUGUCCCCCUGCGCCGGAGCGAGUCGGUGGGCCGCAGAAACCUGCUCCGCCACCCCAACCCACUGCCGCCCCUACUGUCGAACCGGGACUCUGACUACGAGCUGGAGCCUCCCAACAGGGGGCGCAAGAGAGCCAUCGACAACCAGUACAUGUUCUUCUGACAGAGACAGAGGAUGAAGAAUAAAACAAAAGAAGCCACAGAUGAAAAGUGCUCCAGAAUUCCCUGCCCGGAUGGAGAGCAUUCGGCAGCCAAAUGGAGAAAGGAGUUCGAGUCGUGCGAGAUUGCGCACGAGACUCGGGGUAGAGGCACGUGUGGCACUCGUGUGUUGCACACGUGUCUGAACAAUACUGCCAGACACCUGACACCCAACCCUGCCAGCUGUCUACCUUGUGAAUGUAUUAUACAGAUGUUUCACUAUCAAAUCGGUGUAGAAAAACUAAAGUAGGAAGGUGAAGUAGAUGGCUGCUCAGAGGAUUUGUUGGAAGUAGUAGAUGGGAACGUUUCACGAUGGCGUGAACAAACCAAGGGUCUAUUCAAACACGUCUGUGUCUACACUGGAAGCAGCCGACAUCGCAACAACUUGAGGCCGUCUGCACUGGAUACGUUCACAGUCAGCAGUAAGCUCGAGGCUAGACUUUAAUAAUCGACGAUUACUAAAACGACGAUCAAUCAGACAAAAAAAAAAUUCUUUAUUUUAGACAGAAAUUGAUUUAGCAUGUGAUUGAUUUGAUCAUUUUAUGUAUGUUCGUAUUCCUACAACUGCGUAUGCUUUAUGGUUAGACAUAACAAAAUAAUUCAAAUUAGUACGUCAGACCAGAAGGCUAGACUUAAGCGAUUAUUAAAAUGACAAUAACAUUUUUUAAAUUUAUCUUCAUUUUCUACAGAUAUCCUUUAUAAAAACUGAUUUUGCAUAUGAUUAACUUUAUUGUUAAUGUUACAAAUGUUUGUAUUCCCACAACUGCACAUGCAUAUUUUUAAAAAUCCAAAAAUCAUUCAAAUUAGUAUAGAAGGCUGAACUUGGCAAUAAAAUCACAUGGAUUUUUUUUUUUUUAAUAGAAAUCUAUUAUAAAAUUGAUUUUGCAUUUGAUUAAAUUUAUAAUUAAUUUUACAUAUAUUUGUAUUCCUACAACUGAAUAUGCAUAUUGUUAGAAAAAAAGAAAUCCAUCAUAAAAUUGGUUUCGCAUCUGAUAAUUGUAUAAUUAAUUUUACCUGUGUUAGUAUUUCUACAACUGCAUGUGCGUAUGGAUAAAAAAUAGAAAAUGAUUAUGUCAGAUCAGAAACAUCAUGAGCUGGCUUUUGAUAGAACGGUCAGAAUUUAUUUAAACCUGUAAAGAAUACAAUUUAUAACACAGAAAUUGAGCAAAUUAUAUUUUUUAUAAAAUCACUUCAUUUUAGAUGUGGCUGAAGUCAGAAAUAGAAAUGGAGAAGCGGGGUGUCCGCAUCAGGUGCUCACAGUGUAGACAACAACUUUUGAUUAUGACCGGAGUAAUUUAGUUUUGUCCGGUGUAGAUACGGUGUUUAAUAUCUAAAAGAUUCAAAUAGUUUUUAGUCUGGCUGCACGCAUACACACACACACACACACACACACACACACACACUCACAUAC